CAGAUAGAAGGAGGGGGGAAGGGAGGGAGCUGUGUAAGUGUGUGUGUUUAGCCUCGGCAAAAAAGGGGGCUAGUCGUUGAAAUCCGUGUCCAUCCUCUACGAGGCAAGCGGUGAUGUGUUUUUCGGCACCCUGAACAUAAUCUACAUGCUGCUGGCUUUUAGCAAAUCUGUAUAUUGUUGUUUUGUGACAAGAGGGGAGGUAGAAAAGGGAUGGUGAAAAUUGGACGGUAACAGGAAAAACGGCAGCCGUCUUGAGCGGGGGACUGAAGAAGAGAGGAACUAGGGGAAGAGAAUAGCGAGCGGGGAGGCUUGUUCGAAAGGAGCACAGCACGAAAAACAGUUUUAAAAAAAAUUGACGACGCCUUUUAAAUUCUAUCUUUACUUUUUGUUUACAUAAUACAAAGCCAUGGAACUUCGGGUGGGCAAUAGGUACAGACUGGGCCGGAAGAUCGGAAGCGGAUCAUUCGGAGACAUUUAUUUGGGCACAGAUAUAGCUGCUGGAGAAGAGGUUGCCAUUAAACUAGAAUGUGUGAAAACCAAACAUCCUCAGCUUCACAUAGAGAGCAAGAUUUACAAAAUGAUGCAAGGAGGAGUGGGUAUUCCUACCAUUAAAUGGUGUGGUGCCGAGGGAGAUUAUAAUGUGAUGGUAAUGGAGCUACUGGGGCCAAGUCUUGAAGAUCUUUUUAACUUCUGUUCACGGAAAUUCAGCCUGAAAACAGUUCUUCUGUUGGCAGAUCAAAUGAUAAGUCGAAUUGAGUAUAUUCACUCAAAGAACUUUAUUCACAGAGAUGUGAAACCAGACAAUUUCCUUAUGGGCUUGGGGAAAAAGGGAAACCUCGUUUAUAUCAUUGACUUUGGCCUGGCCAAAAAGUAUCGGGACGCACGCACACAUCAACAUAUUCCUUACCGUGAAAAUAAAAACCUGACUGGCACAGCCCGGUAUGCUUCCAUCAAUACUCACUUGGGAAUAGAACAGUCACGGCGUGAUGACCUUGAAUCCUUGGGAUAUGUAUUAAUGUACUUUAACCUUGGUUCCCUGCCAUGGCAAGGCCUGAAAGCAGCUACAAAAAGACAGAAAUAUGAGCGAAUCAGUGAAAAGAAAAUGUCUACGCCGAUUGAAGUGCUCUGCAAAGGCUACCCUUCUGAAUUUGCCACAUACCUGAAUUUCUGUCGCUCUCUUCGCUUUGAUGACAAACCUGACUAUUCCUAUCUUCGGCAGCUGUUCAGAAAUCUUUUCCACAGACAAGGCUUUUCAUACGACUAUGUCUUUGACUGGAAUAUGCUCAAAUUUGGUGCUAACAGAGCAGCUGAAGAUGCUGAGCGUGAAAGAAGGGAAAGAGAGGAGAGAAUGAGGCACACACGCAACCCAGCAACCAGGGGACUUCCCUCCACUGCCUCCGGGAGGCCAAGAGGAACACAAGACGUUGCUCCCCCAACCCCUCUCACACCCACAUCACAUACUGCAAACACUUCACCCCGUCCAGUAUCUGGAAUGGAGAGAGAGCGAAAAGUCAGUAUGAGAUUGCAUCGUGGCGCUCCUGUCAACAUAUCAUCUUCAGAUCUCACUGGGCGGCAAGAUACCUCACGUAUGUCAACAUCACAGAAUAGCAUUCCCUUCGAACACCACAGCAAGUAGCUGCUCGCCACGUUCUUGUUUGAAGGCAGCACUGGAUCUUGUCACGUGUGACCCCGAGCGGGCUCCAGUCUGCUGUACCCCGAUGAAAGAAAAUCGGUCGCCAUGGAGGGCAGAUGAUGCAUGGCUGAUCUUUACUAGUCUAAUUCCAACAGCUUCACUAGCGCAACACAAGUAACCUAAAUUGAGCAAAAAGUGGUGUUCAUGCCUUUUAAGAACAAACAAACUUGAGACACUUUCUGAGAAGAUCGACUAAAGGAAUAUACUUGCUGUACGCAUGGCCUCCUUGGCCAAGGGGUUCUUGCCUGAAUUGUCGCCUGCUGUGCGCAAAGUGCAACUUGCAGCCAAAGCUGGUUUGAGAAGUGGUUUACCAAAUGAAGCGACUGCGUGAAAUGAACUGCCAUUUUUCUCCCUCCAUUGUUGGCAAAAACGUACCAGUUUUAUUAUCCUACUGUAUGAUGAUAGACAUUAACUCACUUUAAAGGGUUUUUUGUAUUAAGCUAAAAUUCAGCAGGCCCAAGUCUGUGUAGAUGGGUAGUGUGUCAAUGUUCUCGCUUUAUCGUCUGUGAUUAUACAACAAAAGUACCGAAUUUAAAAAGAAAAAAAAAA